AUGACUUUGGGUUUCCACAUCCUCAACAGCUACUACAUCCCAAAGAUGGCCUAUAAGGCCACUCUGAGCCUGCUUUCCACACAGCAUGAAUUUGUCCCCAAUUUCAAGUGUGACUCGCAGAGCAGUUUAAUUGCUGUCACUGGUGGGCUUGUCUCUGAAGUCACUGCCAUUAUGGCCACCAUCUAUGGCAUCUUCAAGAUUCCCCAGCUCAAUCACUUUCUAAGAACCAUCAUUUUCAACAACAGUGUUGGAGACACUGUGCAUUUUGAUGAAAAUGGAGAAUUAGUUGCAGAGUUUGAUGUUACAAACUGGGUAACGUUCCCAAACGGCUCUUUUGUCAGAAUCAAAGUUGGAAGACUAGACCCUCAGGCUUCUCCAGGCAAAGAGUUAACCAUUAAUGAUGACCUGAUCGUGUGGCAUGGAAACUUUAACCAGGUGCUUCCCCUUUCUGUGUGCAAUGACAACUGCUAUCCUGGCUACAGUCGGCAGAAGAAGGAGGGGGAGAAAUUCUGCUGCUAUGAUUGUGUUCCUUGUUCAGAAGGGAUGAUAUCAGACCACAAAGACGUGGAAACCUGUACCAGAUGUCCAGAAGAUCAGUAUCCCAGUAGGGACCAAAGUCAAUGCAUUCCCAAAAUUAUUAUCUACCUGGCUUACAAAGAACCUUUAGGGAUGAUCUUAGCUACAUUAGCUAUUUCUUUCUCUCUGAUGACAGUUUUGGUACUUGGAAUCUUUAUGAAGCACCAGGACACUCCCAUAGUCAAAGCCAACAACCGCAGCCUCACCUACAUCCUCCUCUUCUCCCUCCUCCUUUCCUUCCUCUGCUCCUUGCUCUUCAUUGGACAGCCUGGAAAGCUGACCUGCCUUCUCCGACAGACUGCUUUUGGUAUCAUCUUCUCUGUAGCCCUUUCCUCUGUGUUGGCAAAGACCAUCACUGUGGUUCUGGCCUUCGUGGCUACCAAACCAGGAUCUGGGAUGAGGAAAUGGAUGGGGAAAAGGCUGGCAAAUGUCAUUGUCUUUUCCUGCUCUUUUAUCCAAGCAGGGAUUUGUGUCCUUUGGUUAAUUGAAGUUCCGCCAUUCCCUGAUCUGGACAUGCAGUCAUUGCAUGGAGAAAUCAUAGUGGAAUGUAAUGAGGGCUCAGCGACCAUGUUUUACUGUGUCUUGGGGUAUAUGUGGUUCCUGGCCCUUGUCAGCUUCAUUGUGGCUUUCCAAGCCAGGAAGUUACCUGAGAGUUUCAAUGAAGCCAAAUUUAUCACUUUCAGCAUGUUGGUCUUCUGCAGUGUUUGGCUGUCCUUUGUUCCAACCUACCUGAGCACCAAAGGAAAAUACAUGGUGGCUGUGGAGAUCUUCUCCAUCUUAUCCUCAAGCACUGGAUUGCUGGGUUGUAUUUUCUUUCCUAAGUGCUACAUCAUUGUGCUGAAGCCUGCACUGAACAGUAGAGAGCACUUAAUAAGGAGGAAAAAAAUGAGAUAA